AUGUCAUUAAACGUUCCAAUAACACCUGACGGGACGUCGAGGUCCGGAAGGCGCCAACUCAGCGUCGAUGACGUUCUUAAAACGAUUUGUAGUGCAGGACAUUAUACCGUAGACAUUCCCAUCAACGACUUUGGCAAAAUUGUUUUUCUCAGUCCUGAAAGAGGAGUUAUUCAAACUGUCGAUGGUGAAAUGUGCUCAUUUGCAAUUGUGGAUUUACGCAUGAAUGGUGUGACUGAUUUGACAACAGUUCUGCGUGUUGGGUGUGUUCUAAAGUUUUUUAUUAUCCGACAACUGGACAACACGUUUAUUGCAACGAAUAUUGGCCCGGUUUGCGGACCUGCAUCAGAGCUUAUCUUCUACAGAAGAAAGGAGGUGUUCGUUGUUGCUCCAGAAUAUCAUUAUUUAUUGGAAAAAGAAUGCAUUGCUUUUCUGAGACUUUUUGUAAUCUUCCUGGAACAUGGUACUUUCUCCUUAUCAAUGAGCAGGAUCCUGAAGGAGUUGGCCAAAUUCAAUGAUCAUUUUCUCAAUGAAUAUUUGGGAUCUUCGGAUGCAAAACGUCGAAAGUUCAUUGAAUGUCGGACUCACUGGUUUCAAAUAGGAUGGAACGAUGUUGUCAAGCUUCAAAGACCAGAUGUAUAUGAUGCAAUAUUCAUUCUCGUUUCCUUCGUUCUUCGUAACGGUGGUGUCACUACCAUUGAAAACACAUUCCAACUCUUCCAGAGUGAUUAUAUGCCUCAGUCAUUCCGGCAGAGAACUGGAAGCGAUCUCAAUUCAUUUGUAGGAUUUCUCAAUUCGCAUACCUGGCUCUUUGCAGUAUUUCCAUGCCACAAGUAUGUCUCAGCUUCGAGAAACUUGCCAUAUAUUAAUUAUGAGGCAUUCACAAAAGGAAUAAAAGUACUAGAAAAAGCAUCAGGACAGCAUCAAUGCCCAAUGACCUCUUCUUUCCCGGUGGAACUGUCGAUGACGUCGCUGAACUCAAAAGUUUUCUCAAAUGGACUUGAACAGACGGGGCCUGAUCAAAAAUCCCAACUCAGUAAAAAUGGAUCGCCUAAAAUCAGAUUCAUGGAAAACACGACUAAUAAUGUUACCCGGCUGGAGUCGGCAAACUCCAUUUCAAAGAGACGGGAAGUCAUUAUGCAUCCACAACACUGGUAUCCGGUUAAAAAUGCUCCGCGCUCAAAGCAAAAUAGUAAGCAAUCACUCAAAAUGACUUCGAACAAAAUGUUGGACCUCAAAGGAUUCUCCAUGAAUGAUCCUCCAAAGUCUCGAUUCGCAAUAGCUAAUCAAAACUCUGAAGGACGUGCAUCACCUGUUCAACCAAAAAAUACAAAUCCUGAUGUUUAUCGUGUUCGCUCAUCGAUUAGCUCCAUAGGAAAUUCCGAAGACUUUCGAUCAUUCGAUAGCUGUUCCACAUCUGAAGUGAACGAUGUACUUCCCGGUUUAUCUUCUCCAACUAGACAAGGAAAAUAAUUGCUCUUAUUUCUAUACAAAAACGCUUCUUCCAAUCCCUGAUUUACAGUCAGACUUUCCCUGUUCAUUAUCUCCAAAUUUUUGGCCUUUCAAACAUGCCACGAGAUCCUCAAAUGUAUUAUUUGUACCAGC